UCAGCCAACCAAACAGGAUCGACUUCUCUCUUUCUCUUCCAGCCCUCCAGCCACAGACAUACAGCCAAAGGAGAGGGAUGUCACAGCUGAACGAAAACCAGUCCUUCUCCGUCUGCAUGAAAAACAAGCAGUGUGCGACCAUUCUUCACGCUUACGCACAGGGUAUUUACGUCUUUUACGCGCCGUCCGGAGACAAAUUGCUCCAAUUUUGGGCCUGUUGACUAUUUGUUAUCUGUCAUCUCUCUGUUGGUGGUAAUAAUGCUCCCCAGCCCGCUCAUAACUUCUUCCACCACUCCUUUCUCCGUGAAGGACAUUCUCAAGUUAGAGUUGCAGCAACAAUCUCAGCAGCACCAGCUCCAGUUCAUCUCCUGCUUCGGUCUCUCCGGUGCGCUGUCACAGCCGGGAGCUUUCCCAAAUAAGUCGUUCCGCUCCUAUUCACCGCCCUCCUGCAUGUUGGCCGGCAGGGACAGCUCAAGUCCCAUCAGCUCCGGCCUGUCGGAGAGCGAGGAGAGGAUGUCGUAUCUCAACACGUUGACGGUUCAGGAGCGGCUGGCGGAGUCCAGUCUGUCGGGGGAGAUGUUCGGCAACCCGGCGCAGAGCCACUCUGCGGAGCUCCGGCUGGAGACCGAGCAGGAGGAGCAAGACACCAAGAGCUGCGCUGCGCUGCGGGGUGACUGUGAGGACCUAGACUCAGAGAAGCCCGCCACCAAGCAGCAGAGGACCAGGAGGAAACCCCGCGUGCUCUUCUCCCAGGCUCAGGUGUUCGAGCUGGAGCGGCGCUUCAAGCAGCAGCGCUACCUGUCCGCCCCGGAGAGAGAGCACCUGGCCAGCUCCCUGAAACUCACCUCCACCCAGGUCAAGAUCUGGUUCCAGAACAGGAGGUACAAAUGCAAGAGGCAGCGGCAGGACAAGACUCUGGAGAUGGCGGGUCAUCACCAUCACCACCACCCACCACCGCCACCCAGGAGGGUGGCUGUGCCGGUGCUGGUCCGGGACGGGAGGCCUUGUCUCACUGGAUCCCAGAACUACAACACCUCUUACACAGUCGGAGCUCCAAACCCGUACAGCUACAGUGGCUACCCGGCCUACAGCUACAACAACUCGGUGUAUACUAACACUUACUCCUGUACUUACUCUAGUUUACCUGCUCUGCCGCCCAGCAACACCACUGCUAAUGCUUUCAUGAACAUGAAUUUGGGAAAUCUCAGCGCACAGACGCAAAGCCAGGCGCCCCAAGGACCAGUCGUCACACCCUGUCAGGGAACUCUGCAGGGCAUCCGGGCAUGGUAGCGCAGUCUUUACGCACGGAGAGACUUCUCUGGGAUAGCUGAUUGGAGUCAAGCAGAUAAAGCUGAUCGAUUAAUGCAAGGAAAACACAAUUAACCAUUGCAGAAAGUACAGGCCAGUAGGCUGUAACUCAAGGCAGGCCUGUGAGGAAACCCUAACCCACUGACUGACAAACCAUAUUCAGUAUGCGCCCUUUUCUCUGAGCCACAGUGUUUAGUAUUAAACUUGCUGUUGGAUGUUUGAUUGUCGGAUUGAAUGUUGCCGAUGAACAAAGUCUGUGCGUAAAAUGGCCUGUUGUGGCGCAAAAUGGAUGUGAUGUGCGACAAAAAUAAAGGGAAACUGUAUGGAUAUUUCCAUGCAUAAAGCCCAUAAUAAAUUCAGUGUUGGCCUAACAGGCCCAUUCAACUGGAGCCAUAAAAUUUACUGCAAAAAAUAAGAAAUGGACCACAAUUGCUGGAUAAAGCAAUUUUAACAAGUAUUAUGCUUUUUGUUCUUUUUUAACAGUGUGAUUUGUUUUGGCCAGCAGAUUUUGUUCCAAGUAAAUUUUGAAAGAUAGUCAAUGUGAAGUGAAUAAUUUGGGCGUUUUUACAUUAUGACAAAAAUUAUCACUGAUGAAAUUAAAUAACAAACAUGACACAA